AGAUAGAAAGCAAACAGAUUUGAAGGAAACGUGUCACAGAGAUUCUUAAUAAAGACGAUGCAAUCCAUCUCUCUACUGUUUGCUACUCUCUCCCCGUUUCAGCCCCAGUUGUCGUCUUCCUCUUCUAUCACAAACCAAACUCAAACAUCAUUGAAUGUCAGAGAGACAGAGAAGGCAAACCCAAAACCAGAUUUUUCAGAAGGGCUCUGAGAUUUGUCUUUUUCUAUAUUUCUGGUGAAUUUUUUUUUGUUUCUCAGAUCCAUUGACUUGAUCCACAAGUUUUAGAUCUUUUUUAAGGUUUAUGGCUUCCACGAUCUUCUUCCAAGUAAAACCCAUGAGAAGCUUCUUGAUCAUCUUCUUUGUAACAUGUCUCGCCUUCUUCCCCGAUCCUCUACACGGCGGUGUAGCGUACACCGGGAGCAUCACCCCAGGGUUUGUAGGAUCUCAGAUGAACUACAUCAACAACGACGGCAUCUUCCUCGAAUCAAACAACUCAGACUUCGGUUUCGGUUUCGUGAACACACCAGCUUCCGUCACUCUCUUCACUCUCAGCAUCGUCCACAGAGCCAGCUCGAGACUCAUCUGGUCCGCGAACAGAGCUUCCCCUGUUUCAAACUCCGACAAGUUCCAGUUCAAAGCCAACGGAAACGUGGUCCUGCGUAGCGAGCAAGGAGGAGGAUCCGAGGUUUGGAGAUUGGACAGUUCAGGCAAAAACGUUUCGAGAAUCGAGCUCCGUGACUCGGGGAACCUCGUUGCUGUUUCGAGUGAUGGAGUUUCGAUCUGGGAGAGCUUUGAUCAUCCUACGGAUACUCUGAUUACGAAUCAGGGUUUUAAACAAGGCAUGAAGCUCACUAGCAACCCUUCUUCGAGUAACAUGACUUAUACUCUCGAGAUCAAAUCAGGAGAUAUGGUUUUAUCUCUCAACACCUUGUUGACUCCUCAAGUGUAUUGGUCCAUGGGGAAUGAAAGAGGGAAGAUCAUCAACAAAGACGGUGUUGUCACUUCAUCGUCUCUACUAGGGAACUCGUGGAGGUUCUUUGAUGAGAACCGGUCUUUGUUAUGGCAGUUUGUGUAUUCAGAUAACAAAGAUGGUAACACCACUUGGAUCGCGGUUUUGGGAAACAACGGUGUGAUCACCUUUUCGAAUCUUGGCACUGGUGCGUCUGGUGCUGAUUCUUCCAUUAAAAUCCCUAACGAUCAGUGUGCGACACCCGAGCCUUGCGGGCCUUACUACGUCUGCUCCGGUAGUAAAGUGUGUGGAUGUGUGUCAGGUUUGUCAAAAGCUCGGUCUGAUUGCAAAUCCGGGAUCGUGUCUCCUUGUAAGAAGACUGAAGAAGAUAACGCAACUUCCCCUGUGCAACUUGUAAAGGCUGGAGACAGAGUUGACUACUUCGCUCUAGGGUUUGCUACUCCCUUCUCCAAGAAAACUAGUCUUGAUAGGUGUAAAGAGCUUUGCAACAAGAACUGCUCGUGCCUCGGUCUUUUCUUUCAGAACAGUUCUGGUGACUGCUUCUUGUUUGAUUGGAUCGGAAGCUUUAGAAACUCUGGGAAUGGAGGCUCUGGUUACGUCUCUUACAUCAAGGUGGCUACUAAUGGUGGAGAUAACGGUGGAGAUGAUGGGAAACACUUUCCUUAUAUAGUAAUUAUUAUCUUGGUGACGGUUUUUAUUAUAGUUGUGUUGAUCUUUGCGGCUUUCCGGAUUCAUAGGAGAAAGAAAACGCAUUUUGAUGAGUUGGAACAGAGUUCAGAGGAGGAUGACUUCUUGGAGAAUCUAUCAGGGAUGCCUAUCCGGUUUGCUUACAAAGAUCUUCAGUUAGCUACUAAUAACUUCUCGGUCAAGUUAGGCCAAGGAGGGUUUGGUUCGGUCUACGAAGGGACUUUACCUGAUGGUUCUCGUUUAGCUGUUAAGAAGCUUGAAGGAAUAGGUCAAGGCAAGAAAGAGUUUAGAGCCGAGGUUAGUAUCAUCGGAAGCAUUCAUCAUCUUCAUUUAGUGAGACUCAGAGGGUUUUGCGUGGAAGGCACUCAUAGGCUUUUAGCUUAUGAGUUUUUAGCUAAAGGCUCGUUAGAGAGAUGGAUAUUCAGGAAAAAAGAUGGGGAUGUUCUGUUGGAUUGGGACACAAGGUUCAACAUAGCACUCGGAACAGCUAAAGGUUUAGCUUAUCUACAUGAAGAUUGCGAUGCGAGAAUCAUCCAUUGCGAUAUCAAACCUGAGAACAUCCUCUUAGAUGAUAACUUCAAUGCCAAGGUAUCUGAUUUCGGACUAGCUAAGCUCAUGACACGCGAGCAAAGCCACGUCUUUACGACCAUGCGUGGGACGAGAGGCUAUCUGGCUCCUGAAUGGAUCACAAGCUACGCGAUCUCGGAGAAGAGCGAUGUGUACAGCUACGGGAUGGUGUUGCUAGAGCUGAUAGGAGGGAGAAAGAACUACGAUCCGUCGGAGUCGUCCGAGAAGUGUCAUUUUCCUUCUUAUGCUUUCAAGAUGAUGGAAGAAGGGAAGGUUUUGGAGAUUGUCGAUGGGAAGAUGAAGAACGUUGAUUUGAACGAUGAGAGAGUUCAAAGGGCGAUGAGAACUGCGCUUUGGUGUAUACAAGAAGAUAUGCAUUUGAGACCGUCGAUGAGUAAAGUUGUUCAAAUGCUUGAAGGUGUUUUCCCGGUGGUUCAGCCUCCGUCUUCUUCCACUUUGGGCUCGAGGCUUUACUCGAGUUCGAUCAGUGAGGAAGGCGGUGGUACGUCGUUUGGACCGUCGGAUAGGAACAGUGAAAAUUGUCUCUCUGCCGUGAGACUCUCUGGUCCAAGAUAGCAGUCUUGUGUUCUAGCCAAUAUUUAGUGUCUUAUUACAUACUAGGUUUUUGGCUCAUUGUUUAUUUUAUUGUGUUGUGUUUAAAAUUAAAAGAAUAAUAGUGUCUCCAGUUUUGAAGUGUUCCAAAUGUUUUUACUAGGAUAAUUCAUUUUAAGACACAAAUUUAGGAGAUGAUUGGAAAAAACUGUAUCUUUAUAUUUUUUUGUCGUAGAAAUAAA